AUGCAUUUUGGUAAUAUUGUCAAACCGGUGCUGUUUGCAGCCCUCGUGCAUGGAUAUGCAAACCCCGGCAGUUGUUCAGGGGCCUGCGUUGUGCAUGACCCAACUUUAAUACAAAGAUCAUCAGACAAACGUUAUUUCCGAUUUUCCACUGGCAACAAGAUUUCUUAUGCGAGCUCUUCAUCUAUCGACGGCCCAUGGACUACUAUUGGGUCUAUGUUGCCUAGUGGAUCUUCUAUUGAUCUCGCUGGAAGCGAUGACCUAUGGGCCCCAGAUGUCCAUCUUGUGAACGGCCUUUACUAUGUUUAUUACUCUGUAUCGACGUUUGGUUCACAGAACUCAGCCCUUGGACUAGCCACAUCUGCAACCAUGGAGCCGGGCUCCUGGACUGACCAUGGAACGACUGGUAUUGCCUCAUCAUCUGCCAGUGCGUACAAUGCCAUUGAUGGCAAUCUAUUCAAGGAUGGCGGUACUUACUAUAUGAAUUUCGGCUCCUUCUGGCACGAUAUCUACCAGGCCCCAAUGAGCUCGGAUGCCACUAAAGUCGCAUCAUCGUCCCACAAUCUAGCUUAUGACCCCUCUGGAACCCACGCUGUGGAAGGGGUCUAUAUGUACCAGUAUGGAAGCUACUACUACCUCUUUUACUCUUCCGGCAUCUGUUGUGGCUACGACACAUCUCGCCCCACCAGCGGAGCAGAAUACAAGAUCAAGGUCUGCCGAUCGACCUCACCUACUAGCGGAUUUGUCGAUAAAUCGGGCAUCGCAUGUACAAACGGGGGUGGCACAGUUGUUCUAGAAAGUCACGGCACAGUCUACGGUCCUGGUGGACAGGGCGUGUAUACUGAUCCUAGCCUCGGUCCAGUGCUUUACUACCACUACGUUGACACCACUGUGGGCUAUUCCGAUGGCCAGAAACUCUUUGGGUGGAAUAAAAUCGAUUUCUCAAGCGGAUGGCCAGUCGUUUGA